UCCCACCCGUCGAUGGGACCUUCUAACACCUGGAGCCGGCGCGCAAUACAGUAUCCCCUCGCGUUUAGUGGUUCUUUCUUUGUCUGUCUCUCUAGUUUUUUCCUCUUGCCUGGAAGGAGUUAGAUCUCUUGAGAACAAACAGCCCGCCGCAACCACAGCCCCGACGGCCGAUCGCGAAGUCCUCCCCCGAGGCUAGGUUGCGCCCGGGGAGACUCGGCUUCUGCGCAGAUCCCCGCAUCGUUGCGCAGCGCGAUCCUGUGGCUUAAAGCGCGCGGCUGUUAGCGGGGUCGGCACUUUCCUGCACGACCCUCCUAGUGCUGCUACCCCGUCGGGCUAGGAGCCCGCCUCUCUUUUUUCCUCCCCACCUGCAUUUAAAUUCAACUUGCUGCAUCCGGAUCCCGCCAAGCUGCGCCCCCGAAGUUUUACCGGCUUCCUUUUGAGCACGGCUUUUCAAGUUAGAUCCAGCCUGUGGCCAGAUCUCACCGAGCGCCGGAGGUCGGGUUAGAUCCCUCCGCUGGAGAGAGAGACCCCGACGUGGUCGUGUGAGCCUCGAUCCACGUGCGGCGAGCUCGAUUCCUUCGGGCUCCCUCCCUCGGACCAUUCCGGGCAUCAUGAGCGCCCCCUUAAAGCGCGCCCCGCUGCUCGGCUCCCUCGUGAAGCGGCGAGGCCCUGGCAGCGCGCCCGCCCCUCCGCAGCAGCAGCAGCUGCUGCCCACCUCGUCGGUGUGCGCCUUGCAGCCCAAGGAGGAGAUGCCCGUCUGCCCCAGGCAGGCGCCCCACGCGCUUUCCGCGCUGCCUGGCCCCACCAAGUGGCCUCUGAUGGGCAGCCUCUUGGACAUCCUCUGGAAAGGGGGCCUCAAGAGACAGCACGAGACGCUGGUGAGUAACUUCUGUGAGCCUCCACCACCAAGCUUUACAGGUCCUAUGGCACAAACCACCUGGGGGUUUCCUUGCGUUCGAAAUCCUUUUGGCACAGCCCCUAAAACAGCCCAAGGCAGCCCCAUAACUCCAACAGGGGAAGCCACAGGGGAAGUCCUGGGCACCUCGAGUAAAAACCUGGGUCUCCAGUGGCAUAGCUGGGAAGUCUUGACCUAGGGUGCUUCCAGACUACCUGCUUGUUGAGCAUUCAUUAUUAUUUGCUUGCAUUGUGUGUGUGUGUGUGUGUGUGUGUGUGUGUGUGAAAUAUAUUAAGUGAAAUUGUGUUCCCCCACAAUUUCCAGUGCAGUCGCACAUCCCCUUCCUUAUCCUUUGGGGGAAACUGAUUGGUUGCACCAGACUUGAAGUUGCCAGGGUGUGAUUGAAUCCUGCCUGAAAAUAGCUGUAAUCUGGAAGAGUCCCUUGAUGGAUAGACUGUGGAUACAAAACAUGUGGCUUGGGACCAGUUACUGUUCUAGAGUAAGGUUACCAGACGUCCCUGUUUCCCGGGGACAGUCCCCGGAUUUACAAAUCAGUCCCCAUACAAAAUCCAUUGAAGUUGAAAAGUGUCCCCGGAUUCAUUGAAAAAAAUCUGGUAACCUUAUUCUAGAGGGGAGUGAUGCUGGCUUGCAGGUGCUUUAUCUUCUACUCGCAUUGUCACCUGGGGUGAAUCUCUGUAAGCGCACACUUUUAUGUGCAACUAGGAUCCACAGUGGCUCUCCUCUUUAUCCUCCCUUUCCUUCUCCCUUUGGUUGCAGGCCGAUUACCACCGCAAGUUUGGCAAGAUCUUCCGCAUGAAACUCGGUGCUUUCGAUUCGGUUCACAUCGGUGCGCCCUGCUUGCUCGAGGCCCUCUACAGAAAAGAGAGUGCCUACCCACAGCGCCUUGAGAUCAAGCCUUGGAAAGCCUACCGGGACUACCGUAAAGAGGGCUAUGGUCUGCUUAUCCUGUGAGUUAGGAUUAAGUUAGGAGUUAGGGUAGUGAGUGGCAUGCAUAGCUGGAGGCAGAGCCACUGGGCAAUGAAGGAAGGCACUCACAGCAUCCUGCUGAAAUCACUAAGCAUCACAAAACUUCCUAUGAUUCUAGUGGCUUGGCACGGAGACCGAAUCAAGCAACUGCUUUAAUUUGCUUAAUUUGUUUUUUGCGUUUGAUUAAAAAAAAAAACACACACACACAAAAACUUCUGCACCUCUCCUCAGCUAUUUGUGCCAUGUGUGAAUGUUGUUAAAUAGAAGGUUGUCCACAGAAACUAAAUGCCCAUUCUGGCCUAUGGAGGUUUUACAUUCAUAUUGUGAAAAUAGCUCAGCAUAAGCCAUUUCGGAGCAUCUUCUGUGUACAAUCUGGUGCACUGUCAGCAUCAAGCUGCAUGUUAUUCUGGGAGAUCCCUGACUCCUCUCCAAAAUGCUUAAUAAUAAUAAUAAUAAUAAUAAUAGUAAGCUUUAGGAAAAUCAACCAGUCUGGUCACAGCUCUGGGACUGGGAGAAGAGUCUGUGUUAUUUUUUCUGCUUUAAUAUGUUUCCCCUCAGCAGAAAAAAUUAUGGGAGAAAAAAAAUAGGUAUGGCAGCUGAAGCACUUUGAGAUACAAUGCACUAUCUUGCUAAUGCCACCAUCUUUCAAAUCAGAAGGGGAAUAGAGAAUGUGGGGAACAUUCUGUAAAACUGAUUUUGAGUGUCACUUUUGAAAACUACCCAGGAAGUGAUGCUUUUAAGCAUAAGGCCAUUUUUUACACUGUCAGAUUCAUUUUCUAACCUUCCUUGGCAUAUUUUAGCAUUUAUCUGUAAAUUGCUCAAACCUAGUAUUUGCUCAAGGCACAUCCAGCUAAUAUACUGCUUUUAGAUUUCAGCCAUCAGCAUUUUCUGACAUUUCACAUUAAUCUACACACAGUGCUAACUUAAGUAGAAAAUGUCAGCAUUUGCAGCGUGUCUGGAAUCUAGUAUAGUAGACAUGAGUGAAUGAGGAUCUCUUUUAACUUUUCUCUUUUUCAUUCGCACAGAGAAGGAAAAGACUGGCAGCGAGUAAGAAGUGCAUUUCAGAAGAAAUUAAUGAAGCCCACAGAAAUUAUGAAGCUGGACACCAAAAUCAAUGAGGUAUUCAUAAGGACUUAUGCUUUUGUCUCCUAAGUUGUUAAGGCUUUAAUUCAAUAGCCACUAAACACUGUAAGGCUUACUUCUGCAUAGAUAUGCAUAGGAUUAAACUGUAAAGCAUCAUGAAAUCAGUUUGGGUCUGAUCCAGGCACAGAUGUAAUUGAAUAUUUUGAGCUACCUUGUUUGUGAAUGGACUCAUUUAGAAGAGGGAGUUAAGAAACAAUCCCUGCAAAAAUCUCAAUUCUUUCACACACAUAAAUCCCUGCAUGUAAAAACCUAGUAUAUCAAAUAGAGGGCUAUAUUAGAACUUUCUCCCUGAUGUGCCAAGUUUCUAUAUUCAGGGUGAGCUUUUAUAUGGAGUAAUGUGUGCAAAAUGCAAUCCCCCACUUUCAGUUCCAAUGGUUGAGUCCAGGAAGGACUAUACACUUGAUUUUGAUGAAUGCAUGGCUCUGCAGUCAAUCAGCUCCACAAGUUAUGCAUCCAUCUCUGCCUUUGGUAUUGGCUGUGAAUGGAUUCAGGUAAUCAGACAAAUGUUGGUUGCCAAGUAAUGAGAUUUUGUUUGCCAGUCUAUAGAAUCCAGUGUUCAUUGGACCCUUUCAGUCUCACUUGAUUUUUUUCCCAGCACAUGGCAACUGAAGUUGUUGGUGCUCAUGAUGGGAGCAGCACUGAACUGACUGGGCAAUAUUCAACUAAGUUUUACCUAUUGAAAUUAGUGAACCUACCAUAGCCAUGUUUAUUAAUUUCCUUGGGUCUACUCUGAUUAAUACUUAGUUGAAUAUCACCCACUGACUCCAAUUUGGAGGCUGCCAGAGAAAUCCCCCUUUUCUCUGUAGAUGUGCACCUAUGAUUUUGCAGGACUCAUUAAAUCCCAGUUUAUUUGCCCACCCCGGGCAGAAACAAGUUAAUUUUUAAAAAACUUUUAUUGAUACAUGCAAUACUUACAAACACAAACCAGAACACUAAACAAACUUAUUAUACAUACAUACAUACACCUUUCAACUUAAAUUACAAAAAAAAAGAAAACAAACAUACAGACAUAAAUCGUGACUUCCCUCUACCUAUAUGUGGCUUCCUUUGUUUCUUUUCUUCUUUUUGCUGUGUUACCAAUAUUAUGAAACAAGUUAACAUGAGUUAGUUGAGACGUUACACUUGGAAGCAUCUUUACUGCUUUUGCAAACAAAUCACAACAAAGAUGCAUUAAUCAUUUGCCCACUGCUGUGAGAUAUUCUCCAAUAGCAGCUGAUGUACAUCAACCUUUACAGACAUGCGGUGGAGCUAGUGAGUUGACUAGUGAUACAAGAACAAAGAAUUCUCAGAGUGGUCUACAAACCUUGCAGUACUAACAAAAUGGAGUUUUUAUAAGUCUUAUCUGUGGGGCUUUAUUUUCAGCUUAGAAGGGGGCGGGAAAUAACACAUUCCUGGACUAUGGAACGUGUGUGUGUGUGCGCGUGCACAUAUGUGUAUUGCAAAAGAGUGUUUGUCAAAAUAAUGACCUGUGCAUAUUUUGCUUUUCACCAAUAUUCCACAUUUAAUUCCCUUUUUAGGUUCUAGAUGAUUUUAUGCAUCGGAUAGACACACUUUGUAACAAGAAUGGAGAAAUAGAAGAUUUGUAUUCAGAACUGAACAAAUGGUCAUUUGAAAGUAAGUUUCCCUUCUACUUCCCAGCCUGGGGUUGUUGUUUUCUCUCCACCCCACCCUCCACGCCAAUCCACAUCCAACUCAGGUGUAUGCAUGCAGUCUUCUUCCAUGCAAAUAGGACCCCCCCCCCCAGGCAAUCACGCUACUGCUGUAAAACAGGCGGCUGCUGGGAUGGGCAGGGCAGGGGGCAUGGCUGGUAGGUGCAUUCCUGCUUAUGGGAUGUGAUGCAUAAGUAGCAGUCAAGUACAAUAUUCAUUGUUUUCCUAGAGUGGACAUGUGGGGGAAUGUUUGGUCCAGUCAGCCAAAAACUUCCUGUUUCCUCCUGACUGGGACAUACUUCCUUUUGCAUGUGACUAGAGGUGGGCAUGACCUUACCUGUCCGGGUAACAAAAGGACAAGGCAUGCUGCCACUCUUCCUCUUUUCCAUCUUCCUUUCGUCAUGUGAACUGCAGUUAUCCCCCCCUCCCCAUAUGGGGUAGAUCCAAAUGUGCAUAUUUGUAACUUUAAGCCCUUUAAGCCCAGGCAUAGGCAAACUUGGCCCUCCAGAUGUUUUGGGACUACAACUCCCAUCAUCCCUAGCUAACAGGACCAGUGGUCCGGGAUGAUGGGAAUUGUAGUCUCAAAACAUCUGGAGGGCCAAGUUUGCCUAUGCCUGCUUUAAACCUAAAGCCUGCCUUCAGGGAUCACACUGUGCUCUGCCUCACAUAAGUAAACUUUUUUUUGUUACUUUAAAUAAGAGUGUGGCAUCUUUAUUCUUUUAAGAGGGAUAAGAAGGGAACUUACCAGGAACAUACAAUUCAAUACUGAAUUGUAUGAUAGUGAGAAGCCUACACAAGCCUGCAACCAGCUAUCUGCUGAGUUGUGUAAAGGGGAAUGUACUCUGCUAAGUAAAGGAACUUGCUAAUGCAAGUUAGGAAGGAUAUUAAUAAACAAUAUAUCCUCUCUUGCCUUCCUGAACAUUCCCACACUGCUACCCUAGUCAUGUUGAACACAUGAGCAGGUUCAUUUGAUUUCCCCCCUAGUGUUCACGGCAGACUAGGGAAAGAAUCACUCUAUAUUGGAGGAAGGAAGAGCACAUGAGCUUGAGUUCUGGCUGGGUGUGUAAUGUCAAAUGAUGAUUUGGCAUUGCAUCUGAAACAAACCAUAGUGCAGAGUGUGGCUUAACUCUUUGUUCCUCAUCCCCAAACAAAAUGAACUUUGUAUGUGCAAUUUGCUUGUCUAUACCUCUCGUUGCUAUGGGCUUUCCCUUCGCACCCCUUCUUCAGUUAUAUAUAAGGAUAUAAGUUAUCUUCAGAUGAGGAUUUGUGAGGCUCUUUUUUCUUUUGCUUCUGCUAUAAGAUGCCCUGAUGGCAGUGCAUUGAUCCUUACGGCUUUCUUUUCUAUGAUAGGUAUUUGUCUGGUACUGUACGGGAAGAGAUUUGGGCUCCUGCAGCAGGACACUGGAGAUGAAGGCCUGAACUUUAUCAAGGCUGUAAAAACGGUAUGAAAAAAUGACACGCUGAACAUUUUAGCCAUUUGAUGGACAGCAAUGUAGGAAGUUGCCUGAUGUAGCGGUGGUACACAUAACUCUGAAUAGUCUGUGCUAGCCCUCUCCCAAUCUAGUGUCCUUUGUACUUCAACUAUCACCAGGUCGGUGGGAUGCAAAUGCGCUGGUGGAGCCAAUCCAGCACUCCUGUCAGCGCAUUUGCAUGUCGCCAUGCUCUUCCCCUUUCUGGUAUGCUGCGGAAACUCAGCCAAGUGGAGGUCAGGUAAGGAGCUCAGUCUUGCUCCAUCAACAUCUGGAGGGCACCAGGUUGGGGGAUGCUGGUAUAGACCGACUGAAAGCAGAUCUCCAGGGUUUCGGAUGGAAGUCUUUUAUGGGAACUGUGCAUGCAAAACGUGCUCUACCACUGACAUCGUAGAUGUGACAGUCUCUAGAAAAUAGUGGUUUUCUUAAGUAAUUUUUGGGAAUGCACGAUUGAGUAAAGGGUCUUUUAUAUCUAGAAGGAGCGUGAGCAAAGGUGCUCGGGAGCUGCAGGAAUUCUAUUGACCCAGCCCUUUUAUGCAUUGCACAGAAAUAGCACUUGGGGCUCAGUAGGAUGGCUGUGUUCUGCCUCCUCUGUUGGAGGCAGUACAGUGGUACCUCGGGUGACAUACGCUUCAGGUUAUAGACUCUGCUAACCCAGUAAUAGUACCUCGGGUUAAGAACUUUGCUUCAGGAUGAGAACAGAAAUCGUGCUCCGGCGGCACAGCAGCAGCAGGAGGCCCCAUUAGCUAAAGUGGUGCUUCAGGUUAAGAACAGUUUCAGGUUAAGAACGGACCUCCAGAACGAAUUAAGUACUUAACCCGAGGUGCCACUGUAAAUGUCUCUGAAUGCUGGCUGCUGGGAAUUGCAAGUGGGAGAGUGCUGUUGCACUCAGGGGUCCAGCUUUUAGGCUUCCUGUGGACAUCUGGCUGGCCACCAAGAACAGGAAGCUGGACCAGAUGGUCUUCCAGGCUAUUUCAGCAGGGCUCUUAACCAGAUGCCUAGGAAACGCUUAAAGCAGGACCUGGGUGUGCUCUCCUCACUUGCAAUUCCAAGCGAUUGGUAUUCCGAGGCAUACUAUCUCCAACAGUGAAGGCAGACCAUCCAGUACCAUGACUAGUAGGCAUUGCUAGCCUUGUCCAUGAACUGGUCACAUCCUCUUUCAAAGCCGUUGACUUCUCUGCUGCAAUCACCGGUUUGAUUCCUGCUCUUCUUUGUUUUAGUGCACAUUUUAUUUCAUUUUAAUAAUGCAGUUCAUCUCUUCAUUGCCAUUUUGCAGAUGAUGAGUACAUUUGGGAAGAUGAUGGUGACCCCCGUUGAGCUCCACAAAAGCCUGAAUACUAAAGUUUGGCAGGCUCACACAAAGGCGUGGGACAAUAUCUUUAAGACAGGUAGCUGAACACACCUUGUGGCAGUGGCAGUAUCUUGUGAAAUAAGCUUUGCAUCUUACAAUUUAGCAACUGUACUGCACUUGACCUGAAAGUUAAUUUAUCAGUUACUCUCGAUAUACAUUUGAAUUCUCCUCUGUGGAGCACAUGGCAGCAUACCUGGAGUUAGCGCAUGUUAUUUUUCACAACAACCCUGUGAGGUUGGUCAGACUAAAAUAUAGUCAUUUGCCCAAGCUUCCCCAUUAAGCUCCAUGGCUGAACCAAUAAUUAAAGCCAGGUGUCCCUGGUCUGACUUUAGUGCAUUCCCUCCUAACCCCCCCCCCCAAAAAAAAAAAACCUGGCUUGCCAGAGUGGCUGUUUAGCUUCUUGUUAUUUAUGCCACUAUAAAAUAUGAAACUGAAAUUGGUUAUGGGGAGAUAUCAGGCUUGAGGGAUCUAAUUUCUUCUUUGCAAGAACCAUGCGAUCUACCAAUUGGAGCCAGGUGCAAAAGAAAUAUACUCAAAGUAAUGAAUGCCGAGCCCAGGAAUUUGUGUUUUUUCAGUACUAGAACUGAGUAGACCUCACAGUCCUUCCACACACAAAAUCACUCCUUAUUUUGGUGGUAUCACUUAGGAUGGGGAGAAGGGCAUCCUUUUGUUGCUCCCAUAGUUGGGAGCCUGAGAUCCUCCCAGCCCUAUCUUCUGCCCACCCCUAGCUAAUUGGGUCGCUCGAGUUCACCACGGAAGACUCAAAAGCUCUGGUAGAAUAGACCAGUGCGUAAAGCAACUUCAGAUUGCUUGGCUCUCUUCUCUCAAACAGCUGGCUCUCUGUUCUUCAGGCAUUUCAUAAGUGUAUGCCGCAAGCUUCCUCUGAAGGAGCUCAGGGUAGCAUUUCUGUAGCCUCACAACGACCCUGUGAGGUUGGUUAAGCUAUGAGAGAGUAGCCUGCCUAAGAUCAAACCAGAGAUUUGAAUCUGGUUUUCCCAUAUCUAAAAUUCUUCCCCUUGCUCCCUUUUGCAAACAGAGUGGGAGGUGCAGUAUUUAAAACUUUAGGCAGUGGCUAGCAUGUUUGAAUGAUCCUCUCUGUUAAGUUGUGGGUGAACAUAUCAGACGACACAGCGAUUCUUCAAACAGCUCUUGUUUAUUCACAGGCCAAGACAGAACUGAACUGAAGGGUUCAGUCAGCCUGCUUAUAUAGAGCUCCAGUACAACGUUACUGUAACAACUUUCUAAAACUAUCCAAUCACUGAACGUCACUUUUGACCCCUUAUUUGCCUAACUAUCUACAGUAUCCCCCUGCUGGCCCAGGGUGAUAACUUCAGUAAAUAACAUUCUCUAUAAUACAAUACAAUAAAAGCCUGCACAUAGAAAACUAUUCAACGAUUGUCCUCGACACCUAGUUUUCUGUGAGCAAGGAAUUUCUGAAACGGAGGAACAUUGCAACUUCCGAGGCCUAUAAGCAUUGCUUUUGUUUGCUCAGUACUUCCUCUCUUCCCUCCCACAGUGAAAUGCUCUAUUGACAGCAGGCUGCAGAAACACUCUGCCAACCCCAGUGAGGAUUUCCUCUGUGACAUUUACUUUGGGAGUCAGCUUUCAAAGAAAGAGCUAUAUGCUGCCAUCACGGAACUCCAGAUUGCUGGAGUUGAAACGGUAAAUCCUAGCUUGCUUCUCUGCAUUUAUGGCAAGGAUCCUCUUAACAGUCACCCAGCUAAAAAGCUGAUAGCCUCCUCUUUCCUGUGACCCAUUUUCCUCAUUUGAUUUCCUCCCUUCUUGUUCUUACUGAUUAUUAUCACCAUCAUUGCCAUUUAAUAGGUUGCAAUCCUGCUCCUCCCCUGAACAAUGCCUUAACAUCUGCUAAGUCUCCCCUGGAUUGUGCCAAGUUGUUUUUGAUUUUCAAAAAUCUAAAUACAGAAGGCCUAAUGCAGGGAUGGAGAACCUGUGGCCCUUCAGUUUCUGGUACUGCAGCUUCCAUCAGCCUCAGCUGGCAUUGCCAAUGGUCAUGGGAGACGAGAGUUGGUUAGGUAAAAUAUACAGUGGUUGUUGUUGUUUAGUCGUGUCCAACUCUUCGUGACCCCACGGACCAGAGCACGCCAGACACUCCUGUCUUUCACUGCCUCCCGCAGUUUGGUCAAACUCAUGCUGGUAGCUUCGAGAACACUAUCCAACCAUCUCGUCCUCUGUUGUCCCCUUCUCCUUGUGCCCUCCAUCUUUCCCAGCAUCAGGGUCUUUUCCAGGGAGUUUUUCUUCUCAUGAGGUGGCCAAAGUAUUGGAGUCUCAGCUUCAGGAUCUGUCCUUCCAGUGAGCACUCAGGGCUGAUUUCCUUCAGAAUGAUAGGUUUUAUCUUCUUGCAGUCCAUGGGACUCUCAAGAGUCUCCUCCAGCACCAAUACUGUGAUACCUCGGGUUAAGAACUUAAUUCGUUAUGGAGGUCCGUUCUUAACCUGAAACUGUUCUUAACCUGAAGCACCACUUUAGCUAAUGGGGCCUCCCGCUGCCGCCACACUGCCGGAGCACGAUUUCUGUUCUCAUCCUGAAGCAAAGUUCUUAAUCCGAGGUACUAUUUCUGGGUUAGCAGCAUCUGUAACCUGAAGUGUCUGUAAUCCGAGGUACCACUGUAGUGUGUCACUGAUACCUCAUUCCUCUCCUGAUGUUUCUAAAUGCCUUUUGUACUACAGUGGUACCUUGGUUCUCAAACAGCUUAGUUGCUGAACAAAUUGGCUCCCGAACGCCGCAAACCAAGAAGUGUUCCAGUUUGCAGACAUUUUUCGGAAGCCGAACAUCCAACGCGGCUUCCGAUUGAGUGCAGAAAGCUCCUGUAGCCAAUUGGAAGCUGUGCCUUGGUUUUUGAACCAUUUCAGGAGUCUAAUGGACUUCCAGAACAGAUUAAGUUCAAGAACCAAGGUUCCACCAUAGUAAGAUUCCAGGUGGUCUGAAUAAUAACAAUAAUAAUAAUAUUUAUAUACUGCCCUAUGCCCGCAGAUCUCCUAGGCUAGGGCAGAGCUCAGUUUUGAAACUUAAAGAAGCCAGCUGCAGAUAAUACAUAUAAAUAUUCUCCCAUUGUGAAAGGUUUCAUGUUGUUGUUGUUGUUGUUGUAGCAUCUCCUUACUCAUGUUAACAUAGAAGUCCUAAGUGAGCUCAGUCAGUCUCUCUUACCGUUUUGCAGACAGCCAACAGUCUGCUCUGGGCUCUCUACAACAUCUCCUGCAACCCUCACGUCCAGGCAAAGUUACUUGAGGAAAUACAGGCUGUGGUCUCGGCUGAAGAGAACCCAAAUGCUGAACAUCUGAAGAAGAUGCCCUAUUUAAAGGCGUGCCUGAAAGAAUCUAUGAGGUAAAUUUCCCGCCCUAGUAUGAAAAUAAAUGGUCUCUCUUUUCUUUGGCUACACCCAUUUAAAGCAUUUCGAACAGGCGAAACUGACAGGGAUGAUCAGAAACCAGGAAGAUCAAGUAUUUUUUAAAGACAGGAGUAGAUUUUUAAUUUAUUUAAAAUACCACUGUAAACAGUUAAAACCAUUGGCAGGGAUGUAAUGACACUUGAAAUGUGGAAUUAACUAUAGUAACCAUGGAUAUAUAACAGAUGGAUAAUGGUAUAAGAUGCAAAAAUUUAAUCUUAAAUAUGGAAUCCAUGGAGGGAGGGAAAGAGGUCCGAAGGUUCAAAAGACCCUUUUAUUUCAAUGUUUGAAAUGGUUAACCUUUAAAUGUAUAAAAUUGUGUAAAACCAAUAAAAAAGUAUUUAAAAAGUUAAGCAUUUUGAACAGUUAUGACUUCCCCUAAAGAAUCUUGGGAACUGUAGUUUGUGAAGGGCGCUGAAAGUUGUUAGGAGCACCCUUAACAAACUAGAGUUCUCAGGAUUCUUAUAAUAAUAAUAAUAAUAAUUUAUUAUUUGUACCCCGCCCAUCUGGCUGGGUUUCCCCAGCCACUCUGGGCGGCUUCCACAGAGACCAAAAAUACACUAAAACGUCACACAUUAAAAACUUCCCAUGGUGUCAUCAUCCGGCUCCUGGUAGAUCUGUCUUUCAGUCGUAGUAAAAAAUGUGCUUUGUUUUUUUGCUGUAGGUUAACUCCCUCUGUGCCGUUUACCACUCGGACCCUGGACCAAGAAAUGGUCCUUGGAGACUACGCUCUUCCUAAAGGGGUGAGUCACAUUUUCCAGCAGCAAAAUUAACUUCAGAUGCAUUCACAACCCUAUAAUAAAAGUUUAUUAUUUUUAUUACUAAUCGUAAAAGCACUGGGCACCUUGCUACAUUGGCGAUGGUUUCUUCUAUGUGAGUGUGGGGAAAAUGGAUCAAUUCAGCAAAGGACUUCCCCUGUCUAAGCUGUCAUGUACUGUGCUUUAUACAUGGUGUGAGUGUAGAAUUGCAGCUGCAAAGACACUUUUCUAACACAUCGUACUCUUGAAGGAGCUACUUUUCGGAGUCUACAGUUAAGUCACUCCAAUGGAAUUUGAGCACUGUAAGGUGUAAUCAAUUAUUGCGACAACAUGAGAUGUAUAAGGGGAAACAGAGUGUGUCUAGCUGGCUUGACAUGUUGCUUUGCAGCGCAGGUCAGUUUGACUUAAUAAUGACAGAAGUUCCUGAGAUCAAGCUUGCCUGGAAAACACACCCUCUCCAGGCUUCGCACAUUUUCUUCUGACAUAGCUCUUAUGCCUUUAAUACUGACAGGCAAAAAUGCUCAUCCAGACCUGCCCCACCGCUUUCCCCCAAAGAAACCCAAUCUUUUCCACUGAAUCAGAGCCAAUGGCAAUCGAGUUUUCUCUGGAUUGACGUUUGCUCAACUUAUCACUUAAAGAGCAGGUUUUCUGGGGGAAAGCUAUGGGGCAACUGCUUGGAUCCAUGCUUUCUAAGCACAGGGCAAGCUCAAGUCUGGAUGAGCCUUCAGUGCAGCUCCCCCCCCCAUAUGAAAAUCUGCAGCAGAAACAGCACCUGUUGAAUUUCUGAGUGUUCCACUAUUAAAGGUAUGGGCUUGAAAAUUUGGGUGCAGACAGAAGCCUGAUGAAAUCUGGAUCAAACUUAGCUUUACUCACAUUGCACCUUGUUUGCUUGGUUUUUUAAAAACAUGCUUAGCCUUUAAAACACUCACAGGCAAGAGAAUAUUAUCUAUUUUCUACUCUGAAUUGGCUCUGAAGGCUAUUUCACUGGAAAGAUUAAGGCUUCAUCUGCUUUCUUCCGUUUCGAAACCCCUGCCUGGAAAUAAAUCCCAACUUGAAAUUUGUUUGGGGCUUCUUAGAAUUUUUUUUAACAUCUCCUGGCUGUUGCUCCAUGCUUUUCUUGCUUGCCUUAGAAGCGCAACAGCCUUUGAUGCGACAUCAUGGUCCUGUCAGAGAAAACAGCUUUUCCUUUUUCCUGCAGCUCUUUUUUCCAUUAGCAACACAAGGCUUGAUGUUCCGUCUUUAGAAAAACUGCACCCGGCUGACCUUCACUCCCCUCUCUCACUUGCCCCAUGCUGUUUUCUAUGUUUACAGACGGUGUUGAUGAUCAACAGCCAUUCUCUGGGAUGCAACGAAGAAUACUUCAACGACUGGACUCAGUUUAAGCCAGAGCGUUGGCUCCAGAAGAACAUAAAUCCUUUUGCUCAUGUUCCGUUCGGGAUUGGAAAAAGGAUGUGCAUCGGACGCCGCCUGGCAGAGCUACAGCUUCAAUUAGCUCUCUGUUGGGUAAGAUGUUUGCAAUUACAUCUUCCCACCCUCCUUCAAAUAGCAGUCACAUUGUGUGUGUGUAGGGCUGAGUAGGUAAAAAUUUACUUAUGCCCCAACCUUCAGCACAAGACCCUAAGGUGUGUUCCAUACAUCAAAUCCUAUUGGUUGUAUCCUGCUAAGUUUCACAUGGAAUAAACCCAUUGAAAUUAUCGGACCUGAGUAAGUCGUAUGCAAUUAGCGUUGAAUAAAGGUAAAGGUACCCCUGACCCUUAGGUCCAGUUGCGGACGACUCUGGGGUUGUGGCGCACAUCUCACUCUAUAAGCCGAGGGAGCCGGCAUACAGCUUCCAGGUCAUGUGGCCAGCAUGACUAAGCCGCUUCUGGCGAACCAGAGCAGUGACUGGAAACGCCGUUUACCUUCCUGCCAGAGUGGUACUUAUUUAUCUACUUGCACUUUGACGUGCUUUCAAACUGCUAGGUGGGCAGGAGCUGGGACCGAGCAACGGGAGCUCACCCUGUCGCAGGGAUUUGAACCACUGACCUUCUGAUCGGCAAGCCCUAGGCUCUGUGGUUUAGACCACAGCGCCACCUGCGGCCCUAGCAUUGAAUACACCCAUAUAAAAGAAGUGGGUAGAACUGUUAGGUGCCCCCACUCCCCUGGGCCAUGUGAACAGGUGGGAGGGGCUGCUCACCUGUCAGUCAUCACAGCGAGGGGUUAGCCACCCAUGCUAAACUUGGGAUGGAUCAUAGCCUUGUCAUUGUGAGUAGCAAGGCUGUGCCUUGACUUUGAAGCUCAUUUUUGAGGGUGAGCUGGCAGGUUCCGAGGAUUGUCCCUGGCUCAGACUAACCCUUUUUUACAAGUUGGGAUGAGUUCGUUUCCACAGGUGCUCACUAGGGUGAGUUUGAGCAGCCCGGGUUUGAUUCCUUCUGUCUUUGUGUUGCAGCUUAUACGGAAGUAUCAGAUUGUAGCGACCGAUGACAAGCCGGUGGAAACGCUGCACUUGGGAAUCCUCAUCCCCCAUCGAGAAGUUCCCAUUGCAUUCAGAAGGCGAUAAAGGUAAAUGAAGCUGGAGCUCUGUGGCCAGGCUGGUCCCAGAAAAUGGCGUCUUAAUGGACUCUCUUCUUGGCCCACUUCAUAUAGGGUUGCCAUAUUGAAAGUGAAAAUCUGGACAAGUUGUUGAGCACAUUUGGGGGGAGGGGUGUUGAGCUUUUUAAAGUUUUGCCAUACAUCCCAAUUUUACUGGACAUUUUGCCAAUUUCUGCCCGGACACUGCUUGUGACUGCAUUAUUCCGGCUAUGCCUGGGAAAUUCCGGGUGUAUGGCAACCCUACGUAAUUCAUGUUUCUGAAAGUUAGACAGUGCCUGAGUUUUACAGAGCUUCCUGAAGAGUUACGGUAGAUUCAGAAAUGUGUUUCUGCUUUUCAGGAGACAUUGGCCCAAUAAGAGCUUUUUUCUUGUCCGCUCCAUCUGUUCCUGAACAUUGAAAACACCACCAUGCCAUAAUUUGCUGCAAGGUUAAACAGUGAAACUAUGAAAUGAGCAGAACUGGCUUUUCAUAUAACUAUCAUCCUAGAGCCAGGAAGGGGAAACACUGACAGUACUCAAAGCAGCAAGGGCUCCUGGCUGAUUCUAGCUUCUAUAUAUUUUCAGAGCAAAUUUCUAGCCCUCAUUUUUGCAGAGCAAUCAGGGGAAGAACAGAAGGAAGCCAGGAGACAGCUACCAUCCAGCCUACAUUUCAAAAGUGUGCACAAACCAUGUUAACCACAUGGAUCUGAGCCAUGAUAAAUUUUCUAAUAUGGCUUGUGCAAGAUCUACCUCUAAAUACCCUCGGUGGACUACUAAGAUAAUUGAUUACUUUGACCAGAGAAUGUGUAAAUGUUCUUUCCUCUCUUCCCCUCUCCCUCAGAUACUUUUUGAAGGAAGACAGUUGCUUGAGUGCUGCCUUUUCUGAAGACAACCCCCUUGAAUGCUUGGCACCCAAUCUCCUUCAGCAACCAGGGGCCAAGCAUGUUUUGACCUAUGUGCUGUUGAUGGAAGAGAGAUCAAGGAGCAUCUGAAGUUAGCUUUGACCUUGCUUUGGGGGCAGAUCUGUCAAACCAUGCACCUAAGUAAUAUUUUGAAUACUGCAAUGAAAACCAACAAGGACCAGCCUUUAUUUUAAAAGGUGCAAACUGAGAAAACAGCAAAACGACUGGUGCAAGACAAUGGAUCUUUUCAUGCAGCCCUGACGAAAAUCCAUUUCUGUUCACCUGCCCAUGUGAAAUCUGCUAGUCGUGGCUCAGUACAUCCUUCCUGUUAGAUGUUUUUAAGAUCAACUGGCCAAGUGUGGAUGAAAUGAUACAGUGAGUUCAGUGCUGAGGUGUAGGGGGAGGAAAAUUUUGCUGUUUCUCACAUCCUGCAGGAAUUGUGUAGGUUUUUUAAAGUGAGGGUUUCUGUCUACUGCAGGUCUCGUUCAGCCUACCUCCUUUUACAAAGGAAUGUUGUGAUAAGGAGAAAGAAUCACUCCAAGAGGGUCCUGGUGUUUAUAUUUUUUAAAAUACUUUUUUUUAAAAGGGGAGAAAAACUGCACUAAAUCCAUUUCCCUUUAUAUAUCUGUUGAAACUCAGAGCCUUGCUGCAGUAGCCGUGAAACUUUUGCCAUUAUAUGAUUUUGAUAAAAACACACAAGUGCUGUAUUUGGAAAAAAACAAAGUACCAUACCUCUGCUGAUGGUUCACACUGCAGAAAAUGUGGGCUGAUUCAGGCUAGCUCUGCCUGGAAAAUCCCCAUAAGCUCUACAUAGUUCUUCAUGCUCAUGAACAGACCAUUACAGGGAAUCCAGUGCUCUGAUGCUCUGGAUAACAACUUGACAGGACUGGUGGGGUGUGCACAGGCCUACGGAACUGCUCUAGUUUUUAAAAAUGCACUUGUCCACUUCAGGGCUUGUACUUAUGGGUUGAAGAGACUAAUUCAGCACAGUCAGGCCUGCAUAAGGCAUGACUUACCAAGCCACACACAGCACCCCAGUAAUGUACUGGAACCUACCAGUGGCUGCCUAGAAUGCUUGGGGGGGGGAUGUUUGCAUAAUGUGGGUAAUGUGUGAAGCACCUUGGCUGCUGAAAGAAGUGGCUGGUGGGUGUUUCGCUUUUUUCACGCAGUGCAUGAAUGAAUGAACUCACAAAAAUUUGCUGCUGCAAGAUAAUGUGAUGGGCUGUAGCUUGGAUGGCUCUGAAAUGGGAUUGGACAUUGUCAUCGGUAUGGUUGUAUGUAGCCUCCCGGGUUCAGAGGAACAAUUGCUUCUCAAUUCCAGCUGCCGGGAGCAACGAUAGGUGAGGAAGUGUUGGGAACAAGUUGCUGCUCUACAUGGACCAUUGCUCUGAUCCAGUGCAGGUGAUGUGGUGCUUUUGUAUUCAGCUUGGAGCGGCUCAGAGACACACUUCAGCAUCAUGAUCUGCAAUAGCAUAUGAGCAUUAUUCAUGUUUUCACCCAUUCCUGAAUAAUAUACGCACAGCUUCCUUGUGGUGGCGUUGGGGGUUUUUUUUUACAUGAAUUUUAGUGUUUUUUAUAUUUUAAAUAAACAUUUUUUAUAUAACAAAGAUCCUUGUACACUUUGGAGAACUGUCAGCAGAUGCUGAUUUAUUGUACAGAAUUGCUAUUUUUUCCCCAGUGUUUGGAAUUUCUCUUGUUGAUACCUAAACACACGCUUUUUUGUAAUAAAAAAGAAUUUCCAG